AUGGAGCUUAUGGCACGCUUUAUAGAGCGAUAUUUACAUUUUGCUCCUUCAAAUACAGAACCUCCAGGAACAUUGAUAUGGUUUUUAGGACAUUCUUACAAAAGUGAAGAUGGUCGAUGGCCGGAGAAAUUUUUAGUAGACUCGUUUUCGCUGAUUACAAUUACUUAUCGAUCAGGAAUUGAAGGUUUAGAAAAUUUGGCUUCUGAUGCUGGCUGGGGAUGCAUGAUUCGAUCUACUCAAACGUUGCUAGCUAAUAGUAUUCGAAAGUUAUAUCCAGAAAAGCCUUUUUUUAGUAUAGUGAAUUUGUUUGCGGACGAACCAGCUGCUCCAUUUUCAAUUCAUCAAUUUGUGUCUAUUGGAAAACAAUCCUGUGACAUUCCACCUGGGCAAUGGUUUGGUCCGAGUGCUUCUAGUACAUGUGUUUCACGACUUUGUGAACAAUAUGACGGCCUUGACUUAAAUGUAUACGUGGCCAAGAAUGGUACAAGUGUUUAUCGAGAUCAGCUCUUCCAAAAUCCAUUUCCUAUACUACUUUUAAUUCCUACGCGAUUGGGCAUUGAUACUGUUAAUGAUAUAUAUCAUGAGCAAAUUUUACGCGUUUUUGAAAUUCCUUCGUUCGUUGGUAUAACUGGUGGUCGGCCUAGAUCUGCGCAUUAUUUUUAUGCUCGACAAAACCAACAGCUUUUUUAUCUUGAUCCACAUUGCACAUAUUCUGCCCAUACAACAACUCAACCGGCCUCUGAGGAUACAUUCCACACAGCUAGUUUACGACGGAUAUCACUUCAGGAACUAGAUCCGUGCAUGGUUUUUGGGUUUCUCCUUAGAAAUUCGGACGAAGCUGAUGAAUUUGAGCAACAUCAGAAAAAAAUCGCAGAUAUUGUACAAUAUUUUGACGUUGAACCGAAACUUUUGGAUUCUCAAGAUGACUUUGUGAUGGACGAAAACUUUGAUGACUGCUUUUAA